UCACUAUUACUCUUCUGUCUCUUCCAAUAAAGCUCUUUCCGGCUAACAUUUUCAUGCUUGUAGCUGGAGCACAUUUCCAUGCAUGUUGUUAAUCUUCAGCUGCAUCAAAAUCCUUUCUUGGUGAGGAGAAGAUUUGUGGAAGAUGCUCCCGAUUCCUCUACUUUUAGGGUUUGUACGAAGUAACGUGACAAUUCCUGAAUUACUCAACCUCGCAACUAGACCCUCUGGGGUUUUUGUGUCCUGUGUUAGACGCAUUGGAGCCCUGCCCCUUGGAUACCAAUUGUGUUGAUGGGUUUAUUAUUCAAUUUGAGGUCGAGCAGGAGCAAGCACUAGAAAAUCCAGUCGGUGCUCAAUAGCUGAGUGGACUAGGCCAUUGGAAUUUCCUUUUUGCGUUCCGCAAAGCCAUAGCUGCGUCUGGUGCUGACAAAUUCAGCAGGAUUGGAGUUGAUUUUUGUCAAUUGAAUAGGUCAUAGCUGAUUUGAAGUCGAGGAGAGAAGCACGGUCGUGCAUUCGGGUGAAGCGAUUCCUCGUAUGGAUGCAAGAGCGGAGCCUAAAGCUUCAGCUAUCACCGCGAAUUCUGAGUCGCAGGCAGCUAUGGCUCAACUGAAGCAGCCCCCUCAACCUCGUCGCCCAAGCUACAUAAUGCUGGCCAAUAUGACCAUCCUGGUACUCGUACUAGUGGCGAGCGGGCUAGUUCCCCUAAAGGACGUGCUAUUCGCUGUCUUCGCCUCUGCAUACUUCGUUGCAAUGGGGAAGUUCGUGUACCCAUCUCCCACCAAGGAACGUCCACCAAGUGUUUUCCCUAAAAACCGCUUGCUGGGGUACUACGUUGGGGUUGCAGGCAUCAUAGCCAUCCCCUUUCCUGCGGCUUACAUUCUGGGGUCUUUUGUGAAGGGCGACCAAGUGGCCAUGACAUCAGCAGCUCCACACUUGUUCCUCCUAGUCUGCCAAGUGCUAACAGAAAUGACAGUGGCGAGUAUGGUGACGGCGGUGUCUCUCCCUGUUCGUGCACUCGUACCCAUCCUGUACAACUCCCGAAGGCUGGUCACCCUUUCAGCAUGGCUGGAGUUUGAGUUCGCUCGAGCACCAAGCGAUUCUGCAAGCUUCCAAUGGAUCAUGUUCGGGCGAGGCCUUGCAACUGUGAACAUGGCCGUCUGGACGUUCAAUCUGUUGGGUUUCCUGCUGCCUGUGUACCUGCCCCUUGUGAUGAGGAUGCAUUAUGAUCUGGAGAGGCUGUCCAAAGAGCACCGAAGCUGAGAAUCUGCACCAUCUCCAGGUGCUGCUAUGAAUCCUGCAUAUCUGUCUCACUUUUCGCUUCCACAUCUUUCAGCAGUUGAGCCCAUUCUAUGCUCGACUUCAGCAAAUUCUGAAGCUCGGUUCUUCUGCCCUCACUAUCUCAUGUUGUGCAUAUUUCACUGUCUCAUGCUGCUGUGUUUGUAUAUUAUAAUAUGAUGCAAUUUUGUAGGUAUUUGUACAGUGAAGGGCUGCCUUCCUGGUUCUUUACCUCUCGUGAAUGACAGGAAGUGGUUGAAUGUGACAUGGGUUAAGAUUAGGAUAUUCUUGUAGUUUUUUAUUUUCUCUGUUUGAUGUGGUGUAUCGGUCUUGUUGAAAGUAAUAAUAAUGACAUAUUAAUUUA